AUGGAAAUGGAUAAGCAAAAUCAUGGAAACGUGACAGAGUUUGUCCUCUUGGGAUUAGUGGAAAAUCCAAAAAUAAAGCAAUUGUGCUUUGUUAUAGUGUUAAUUAUGUAUUUAGUCACCAUGGCUGGAAAUCUUGGGAUCAUUAUGUUAAUCUGGAUGGAUCCUCAACUCCAGAGCCCCAUGUAUUUCUUCCUCAGCAAUUUGUCUUUCUUAGAUAUUGGAUAUUCCUCAGCCAUUGCCCCCAAUAUGCUGAAGAAUUUUUUAGCAGAAAAGAAAACCAUUUCUUACAUAGGCUGUGCUACACAGAUGUACUUCUUUGUCUUCUGUGCAAGUACAGAAUGCAUCCUCCUGGCUGCAAUGGCAUAUGACCGGUAUGAAGCUAUCUGUAAUCCACUCAUGUACAUGGUUACUAUGUCCUCCCAAAAGUGUAUCCUGAUGGUGGCUGGAUCCUACUUCAUUGGCUUUCUUAAUGCAAUGACACAAACAGUUUCCACCUUCACAUUAUCUUUCUGCAGUUCCAACAUCAUCAACCAUUUCUUCUGUGAUGUUCCCCCAUUGUUAGCUCUUUCUUGCACUAACACAAGCCUCAAUCAAAUGGUGCUGUUUGUGUUUGCUACAGUCCUGGGCAUAUUCACUUCUGGAGAAAUUUUGGUCUCAUAUACAUUCAUCCUGUCUGCAAUCUUGCGGAUUCGCUCACUUGAGGGAAAACAAAAGGCCUUUUCAACAUGCGCCUCACACUUAAUGGCUGUAACCAUCUUCUAUGGAACAACAGUCUUCAUGUACUUACGUCCAAGUUCUAGCUACUCCCUGGACCAGGACAAGUGGGCCUCCGUGUUUUAUACUGUGGUGAUCCCCAUGCUGAAUCCCCUGAUCUACAGUUUGAGGAACAAGGAAGUGAAAAACGUCUUGAGAAGAAUUCAAACACGUGAGGUAGCUUUCUUGAGGGGCAUGAGGAAGUUAUAA